GGGGUUCGUCUCCUCUUUCUCCGGAUCAACUGCUCUCCAUCAUGGACUCUCUUUGGGCUCGUGCCCUUCUCUUUGCUGGAUAAACUUUGGACUUACACUCGUAUCAUGGGAAUAUACUGUCUGCGCGCUCGGUCCCGUGGAUAUAUGUAGUCUUGAUGGAAACGAUGUCACCACAGCAGGGGACCAUGGGACAGAACAGGUCCGACUCUCUGACGGGAGAGAACAAGACGCUCACCGACAACAAAAAGAAGAUGAAGACUUUGGCCCAGAGACGACAGUCCGCUCCCUCGCUGGUCAUCAGCAAAGCACUUACGAGAUCGAGAAGCACGUCCAGGGAAAGCUGCCUGACGCCAGUCAGCCCAGAGUCAUGUCCCCUGGUCCAAGGCUUCCUGGCUGAGUGUCCACGCCGCCUAUUCUUGGGUCAUGCCCAAUCGCAGCUGAAGACGGGCCUGCAGACCCAGGAGAGACACCUCUUCCUCUUCACCGACACGCUGCUCGUUGCCAAGGCCAAGUCUUCCACUCACUUCAAAGUGAAGGCCCAAGUCCGAGUGUGUGAGAUGUGGACGGCCAGCUGCCUGGAGGAGGUGUGUGAGGGAAGCACCAACCCAGAGAGGAGCUUCGUCAUGGGCUGGCCUACUUGCAACAGUGUGGCCACUUUCAGCUCUGAGGAGCACAAGGACAAGUGGUUGGCACUCAUCAAAAGUCGGAUAAUUGAGGGAAAAGAGAAGGACGACCCCAAGACCAUACCUCUGAAGAUAUUUGCAAAGGAUAUUGGAAAUUGUGCAUAUGCCAAGACGCUGGCGGUCAGCAACACUGACAGCACCACUGAUGUCAUCCGCAUGGCUCUGCUGCAGUUUGGCAUAUCGGGCUGCGUUAAAGACCACAGAUUGUGGGUGAGCUCCAGUAAGGACGACCCUCCGUACCCCCUCAUUGGCCACGAGUUUCCCUUCAGUAUUAAGAUGAGCCACAUUCGGGAUGGUGGGAGCAGUGGCGGAGGACUAGGAGGAGGAGCAGGGAGGGAUCCAACAAGUCCCACAGACUGCCCAGGGGUGCUGCUCCUGGACCAGUGUCUCCCCCCGGACACCCAGUGCCAGUUUAUCCUCAAACCCAGCAAGGUUGCCCCAGAACAGGGUUCACUUUUAGAGCCUGGUCAGCAGAAGUCCUUUAAGAGGAAGAGGUCUCUGAUCAACUGGCCUUUCUGGAGAGGCUCCAACACGCAGCUGGACGGCCUGCCCCUGUCCCCGACCUCGCACUCCCCAACCCAGGGACGGCUGUUCGGACGACCCCUGAGCUCCGUCUACUCUCCAGACCACGGUCUGCCCAAGCCUGUCAUGGACAUGUUGGUGUUCCUGUACUUGGAGGGGCCGUACACCAGGGGCGUCUUCAGGCGCUCAGCUGGGGCCAAAGCCUGCCGGGAGCUGCGGGACAGAGUAGACAGUGGAAGCGAGGACCCGGAGAUCACACACCAGUCUGUGUUCGUCAUCGCUGCUGUCCUCAAGGACUUCCUGCGCAACAUCCCGGGCAGCCUGCUGUGUGUGGAUCUGUACGAGCAGUGGAUAGAUGUGAUGGAGGGGGAGGGAGGGGAGGACAGGACGCAAGCUGUCCAGAGGUUGCUCCGCCUCCUGCCCAGUGAGAACCUGCUUCUGCUGCGACAUGUGGUCGCCGUGCUGCACUGUAUCCAAGGCAACGCCCACGACAACCAGAUGAACGCCUUCAACCUGUCGGUCUGCAUCGCUCCCAGCAUGCUUUGGGCUCCAGCGCCAAGCACCCCCGAGAUGGAGGGGGAGGGCACCAAAAAGGUGUGUGAGCUCGUUCGCCUCCUCAUAGAGAACUGCAGCAGCGUCCUGGGAGAAGACGUCACCUCGCUGUUCAGGAGCUUCAGCCAGAAGAGCAGCUGCAGCGACCAUGGAUCAGAUGUGUCAUCCUUCCAGAUGAACGACUCGUCCUACGACAGUCUGGAGAACGAGCUGAACGAUGACCCCGAGUCUCCCUUCCAGGAACAGCUGCCUCUUCGUGACAAGGACAAGCCCGACAGUCGCAGUCGUGACUCCGUCAUCACCCUCAGUGAUUGUGACCCUGAUCCCGACCCUGAGACCGACCACCUACUGCAGCUCCCCCCUCUGGCCAGACCCCGGAGGUUUAGCCCCGCGGUUCGACAGCUCCGCACCCGCCAGACAAACGGGCCGUUACAGGGUCCCAGGAGGCUGAGGAGGAGUUCAGAGCCCGCCUUGUCCCUGGCAAGCACACUGCCCUCGGACACAGUGAUGAUAACCGCCAUUAACCACCACCCAGCAUUAAGAAAGGUGAGCUAUGAUGCCGCCAUGGAGGGGGAGGGGGCGGAGGAGGUGUUUCUGGAGCAGGGGCUGAGCGGGCUGCACCUGAAGGAGGUGGAAGAGGAUGGCUGUGAGAAGGGAGGAGUUAAAGUCCAGAAUGGUGGGCGAAGGAAGAUGAAGCACGCCCCUCCGCCUCCGUUGCGACUGGAUGCAAGCUGUUCCAGUCUGUCGUCACCGGCGACCUCACCCACAGGCUCCUCCCUCAGCUCUUUAGACUCCGCCUUCUCACAGUACUCUACGGACUACGGCACCAAUGGGGCGAAUCCAUUGGCUGAGCCUGUUCCGCUCUCCCCUCUAUUUCCUGGACGUCCUCAGCUGUCACUCAGGGACUCCCCCCCUCAGAGGGAAGCCCCGCCUCUUUGGCCACAGCCCAACCAGGCUCCUCGGAGCAGCCAAACUCCCCCACACCCACAUGGUCUCCACCCUAACACGUGGCUUAAGAAGGACCGCCGCCUGUCACUAAAGCAGUCUGAUAGUGGAACCUCAGAGGAGGUCUUGCCUGAAGUAAACGGGAAAACCCACCCGACCAGUAACGGCUACUCUGACAGCGCCCAGGAGGCCGAAGCAAACCGAAACUGCCAGCGGAGAUCCAGCAGCCCUCCGUCUUACCAGCAGGCUCUACAGCAGCUGCAGCACAGCCGCUCUCCUUUCUACAGGGGGACAGAGAAAGCUCUGACGGUUAGAGAGCUGAGGCAGCUCCAAGACCCGACCUGCACCUCCAGAUCCCCGAUCCCAGUCUCCCCUAACAGCCCAAAUCCACACACAGGAAGUGAGGUCGCACAGAGGCUGGCUAGAAAUGAGUGUGCGCAGCCCCCACAGGGUGUCUUCUAUGGACAGAACGCCACCGCUCUGGUCCUCCAGAGGCAAAAGUCCCAUUCUACAGUCAUGGAGGGACACAAAGGGCAGAGGACCCUUCCCCUUCCCCGCCGAGCAUCUGAACCUUCCAAGGUCACUGCAAACUCCUUCUCCAGCCUCACCCUGGACAGACCUCGCUCCUCUAAGGCUCAGCCCCAAGAUGGCGGCCUGAGAGUGUCCGAGGUGGAGCCCAACCACGACGAGCCACGCUUCUGCCUGUCUCCCUCCGCCACCCGGGCUGUAAGGGACUACUUUUCCUCCCAGGGUGAGGAGGAUACAGACACCUGCCUGCGGAGGAGUCAGGAGGUGGCGCUGGCUAUUGUGCAGGGGAAGAGGGACUGGCAGAGCAGGCGGUGCAGUGACCCACGCGUGGACGACUUUGACCAGCUUUUUUUUGCAGAAGAGUCAUACGUGUAAAUAAGAACUUUGUACAGAAAAGCUGUGUAUGAGAGACUGGUUUUUAUCGUGUGUUCACUUGUAAACAACUCCCCCCACAUACACCUUUUUCUCUCCGGCAGCAGCAGUCAUCCCGACACAAAAAGGUGUUGCAGUUUACUCUCAUGGUACAUCCAAGGUUUUAGAUUUUAAAAGGUACAGAUAAACAUCCUGCUUCCAUGUUUCACCUCCUUGUGAUCUUAAACUGUUCAAAUGUAUUCAAAUUCCUCGUCAACCGUAGAUUGAAAUGUUUGAAGUUGUUAUAAUCCAUAAUAAUUUAAGUUUAAAAACUCUUUCAUGUAUUUGACAAUGAAGUUGCUUUGUGGUCCUCACAUGAUUAUUUAUUGAGUAGUAAUGCCUGAUUCUGUGGAUUCAUUAGAGAAGAUGUGAAGAAACACUUUCUAUUGGACAUCUGGAUCCCUAAACAAUCAUUAAAGCUGCGAGUCGAGUUCCAGAUCUUGUGCCAAAAUCUGGUUCCUCUGAGAAAUAUUUUGUGCGUCCUUGUUUUGUCUUUUGGAAUGUGUUGUUGCUUUUUAAGCACAUUAGGAAAAAAUGAAGGAAGACGAGCUCUUUAGAAGUGAAAGAGAAAAGACAAAGAAGCUUUUUUUUUUCUUUCUCUGGACGCUUUUAAACUGAAAAUUUAUUUUUUACCAUUUCCAAAGACGGCACAAAAAAAGACUGGUGAGAAAUCAAAGCCAUGACUUAUUUUUGUCGUCGGUUUUUAACAGCAAAACAUAUAAAAUGUUAUUAAAAAUAGCCCCGAAUUUGCAUGAAAAUUCAGACUUUACUGUAUAUAAUCAUACUCAUCGCAUUCUUCUCGUGCAGAAAGAAACAUAUUAAAGUCACCAUGUUUUUAAGGGAAUACAAAUGACAACAAUACGGUCAUGAUGACAGCUGUGACUCCAUGGAAAUACUAUGAACAUGCGUUCAGCUCCAUCCUCAACACCGGAGACGUUUGCAGGAGUUGAGGAAGUUUUAGGGCAGACGCCUCCACUGUACAUUAAAACACCUUAGUCUUUGUUUCUUUCAUGACAAAUUGCAUCUGUAAAGUGAAACAUUUUCCCAAAGUGAGUGAAGUGUUUGUCUGUCUGAAUCAAUAGGGCCGGUAUUUAUUCAUAUGAGCUGAGUUUGCAGACACACAGCACACAGUGUUGUCCCCUGUAGCUCUGGUUUGUAUCUGUGUGACCCGGACGGGAGGGAAGGGGGGCGGGGGGGUAUCAGUGUGUGUGCGUGAAAGAAAGUCAAAGUGUUGUGGAAUAUGAUCAUUGACAGCGUGUCCAGAGCAGGAAUGUGAGGAAAUGUGUGCCAUUGAAGGAGAAAUCUCUUUUUAUUCUUGCUUGUAUACACUUCAUUAUUCUAAACUAGAACUUUCAGUCUCACAAGAAUGACGAGGACACCGCCUGUGUGUGUGUGUGUGUGUGUGUGUGUGUGUGUGUGUGUGUGUGUGUGUGUGUGUGUGUGUGUGUGCUGAUACACCACAGUUUCUCUAACUGUUGUAUGUUUUGUCCAUAAUUAUAUGAUAUCACUGUUCCAGUGCUGCAGUCAUUGCAGUGCUGAUUUCUUAUGUGACAUUUAACAAUAAAUGACCUUAUUUCACUGUGCAUUCAUGUACUGAGAAGUGUGUAAAUACAUACUUAUAGGUAUCCUUCUGUAAGAUCCAUUUGUACCAGUGUUAACACAGUGUUAUUAUGAGCUACAGGAUCACACACUGCAAUAAGGUUGUUGUCAUGUUCGGAGUUGCCCCUUUAAAUGGUCUCAAAAUGUACUUUAUCCUGUAUUAUUACUAUAUUAUAAUUGUUUUCUCCAUUACAGUGAAUUGUGUUCAACGUGUAUAGUUCUGCAUAUUUAUGAUACAGAAAUAUAUAAAUAUAUAUAUAAAUAUAUUAUCUUGUUACUUUGGUAUGUCGUGUUGUGUGAGAAAAUCAAAUGUGUAUUUUUGUACAUGCCAAUUCUGCUGCUGCUGUCUCUAUAGAAAGUAUAUUUGCUACAAAACGCACCAUUUGUAUAUUGUGUACAUCUGAUGUCUAAUUCUCACGAGAACAAAUGAUCAUUGAUUUUAAUAAAUGUUGCUCUU